AUGUGUAUCGCCCACUACCUCCACUACCACCAUGUGCCCCCUUGUUACCGCCCAACUGGCCUGAACUACUACUACUCGUAUUGCGCUGCUGCUUACUACGAUCCCGUCACCAGCCGGCCCCUCGCACCAUGUGGCAGCGUCUCGACCAGCUCUCCCCGGGGAGACCCCAGCGACCCAUGUACUAUGAGCCAGUGUCUAAUUGAUCCAGACUGUCGCUCUGGAGCAUGUCGUCUCGCUGAUCUUAACGGGCAGUGGAAGUGCUGCAUGUGUGGAAGACGGGAGAACUUUGGUUACCAGUGCUACAAUGCUCGAUCUGCAGAUGUAAGGAUGUACUGCACGCACCAGGUUUGCGAGAACUGCACAGCCGACGAAACUUGA